GAGGAAAGAGUGAGGCAACAGGCUGUGAAGUAUCAAAAACGUCAAAAUUCCUUGGACACACACACGAAAUAAAGGCACAUUUUUCUUGACCGAUUUCUUGGGAGCUGCUGGUAUGCAAAAACAGCUCAUAAGCAAAUCAACCCGGUUCAUCAAUCAAUAACGGUUGCUAUUCUAGACAUAUGUAUACCAAAGGUUUGCCAACGUGUAAACACAAAGUAAUGCUCCGCUAUCUACACGCCCUAUCGACAAAAAAACUGAACGAAAUUACCCAGAGGUGCAGAGUAUCGUAGCUAAUCGAAAAUAUGUUGGUUAACAAGUCAACCCUUACAUGGAAAAUGAAAUUUCAUGGGAAUGAAAUGGAAAGAGGAUAAUAACAAAUUAAAUUAAAAAAAAAGAAUGUAAUAAAAACCAAAAUAAGUGUGAAAUAUGAAAACAUCAAAUUUUAAGACUGUUUGGUAAAUAAACUGUUUUUCGUUAUCAGAUGAAAAGAUGAUUGAAUCAGGUGUGGACAAUACCGAGGCACUUGAUUGUAUUCUUCAAGCCGCAAAUAAACAUCCCAAUUCACGUGUUUCCAAACUUAUACACAGUGUGGAAGAGGAACGUUCUCAAAAAAAUAUAGUUCUUUUACUUAUUGAGUUGGCAGAACAUGUGGAAUAUGCUACUGAUUUUAGCAUUUCUUUAAAAUAUUAUUUAGAUUUAUUUGAGAAAUUGGGUAUAGGGCGUGAAAUCGUAUUGAAUGAAGCUGGCUUGUUGCUACUAAACUCUUCAAAAGUUUAUGCGCGACGAGUUGAUUUCAUACAGGAAUUAGUGGAGCGCCAGAUACUGACUUUAUCCAAUGCAGACAAGGAAAUAGUUCAAAGCAGGUAAGGUGAACUCGCACUAGGUACGAUUCGGUUAUUUGUACAAUGGUUUUGUGGUUGCGGCAGCGGGGGAUGGGGUGUGAAACCGAAAACUCAAACCAUUAGAAAAAGUACAGUCCAAACUUUCAUAAAAACAUUUUCUAAAGAUCGCUAGGGACACGUUUGAAAAUGGGGUAAAUGGGUAAUGAGUA